UUGAAUUUUGAAGGCUCGAUAUAUUUCAUCGCGAUAGGCAUGUGGAUUAGUGCGAAAUUGUGGUGAGAAUUGUGCUGAGAUCAGCUUCGGAUGAUUUCCUUUUGUAUGGUUCUUUGAUUCGUCUCUAGUGCAGUACAGGUUGUGGUUUAGCAUUUGCAAACUAUAGGUUGCAAAGAGUUUGAUUUUAGUUGUUGGCCUAGGGUUUUGGUUCAUCCUGUUUUCAUUCGUUAGAGUAGAUUGAGCUAUUCUAAGAUAUUUAGAUGAGUUUGGCGACUUCAUGUUUGGAUUUAGUUAAUUUCCUUUCAUAGUUUGGUAUGUCUGUUUCAAAAUUUAUGGCUUUUGGCAAGCUUGCAUUACUUGGUCGGCAUUAUCAGUGUCAGUGUGAGGCUUAUAGGAUCACAUCAUAUAUACUGCGGACAGCGUGGAGUUUUUAUGUCAAAUUAUUAAUUCUAGUCCAUGAUGCAGAUGCCAAUUUAGUUGCCAAUUCUAACUGAGUUCCCUUGUGUUCUCUUCGUUGUCUGAGUCCUGGACAUUUCCUAUGGUUACUAGAAACAAAUUUCUGAAAACCCAGCGAAAUACGUUGUUUUGUUGGUUCUAAGUGAGCCAAGUUCUUCCCGUUGAAAGAAUAAGCUGUAAAAUCCUGGCUCUUGAUGGAUUCUCUUUCAAAUACAGCUUAAGCGGAAGACAGAUAACACAAACCGAAAACCUGAAUCUAAUGAAUUGGCCACUGGCGCUCAAUACGCCGACAUGGUCAAUAGCUCUCUCCAGACACCUGUUUCGUCAAAAGGGGGGAAGGCAAACAAAUCUUCCAGGUCCGCAAAGUCCAAUAAAUCAGGAAUGCAAGCUUCAGGUUCUAAUACAGGUUCUCCUGGCGAUAACUUUGCCCAGGGUGGUACUUGUCGAUAUGACAGUUCGCUGGGUCUCUUGACAAAGAAAUUUAUCAAUUUAAUAAAACAAGCAGAAGAUGGCAUUCUCGACCUAAAUAAAGCCGCUGACACUUUGCAGGUACAAAAGAGACGGAUAUAUGAUAUAACAAACGUGUUAGAAGGAAUUGGUCUGAUAGAAAAGACGCUUAAGAACAGAAUUCAAUGGAAAGGACUCGAUGUCUCAAGGCCAGGAGAAACAGCCGAAAGUAUAGCCAACUUACAGGAAGAAAUACAAAACCUUACAACUGAAGAAGCAGAAUUAGAUCAGAGAAUUAGGGAAAUGCAAGAAAGAUUAACAGGCUUGAGUGAGGAUGAAAAUAACAAAAGGUUUCUGUUUGUCACCGAAGAGGACAUUAAGAGCAUACCGAGUUUCCAGAACGAGACGCUGAUAGCUAUUAGGGCGCCGCAUGGAACAACGCUUGAAGUGCCGGAUCCUGAUGAGGCGGGUGAUUAUCCUCAAAGAAGAUAUAGAAUAAUUCUUAGAAGCACAAUGGGGCCAAUAGACGUGUAUCUAGUGAGUCAAUUUGAAGAAACGGUUGAGGAAAUACAUGGUGCUAAUGAGCAUUCGCAUCUUCCGGGAACUUCUGGAUUGCUUGAGAGCCAACAAACAGCCACGUUGAUGGAGGAUCUCACAGGCAACAACAACAUGGAAUGGCAGGAACAAGAUGUUGCUCAAAGAAUGUCUUCAGACAUCAACUCUGAUGACUUUGUUGGUGGGAUUAUGAAGAUCGUUCCUUCCGAUUUUGAUGUGGAUGUAGAUUACUGGUUACUAUCAGAGGCAGAUGAUAUUAGCAUUACGGAGAGGUGGCCGAGUGAACCCGAUGUCAACUCGAAUCUGCUCGGCUCUCAUGGUCAAGAGUCUGCGCCAGGAGACACAACGCUUCAGCAGGCGCAAACUCCAUCCAGUCCGAAAGCAGAGAGUUCCGCCGUUAAAUCAACAGUGUAGGUGAAACCACUGGCACAACAUGCAAACCUGUGUUGUACAUAGUUAGGAGGUUCGAUGAGAUGGAUAACUCUUCUCUUCCUGAGGUGUGUCCAUACCGAAUUGGAUGAAGGAGGAGGUAGCUUUGUAUGAUGUGUUGUGUGCUGGUACACAUAUGCAGAACGGAAGGAUAAAAGCCCCUCUUCUUGUUUUUUUUUUUUUUUUUUUUUUUUUUUUUUUUUUU